CAGAGAUAUACAGACAAACACCAUAGAUGUCUUCAAAUCCAUCGCAUCUACUCAUAUCCCGCAACCCACCCCGCUCCCCAGCUCACCCCCAGCUGGACCCAGCCCUCACCUCCAGGCACUCAUCCUCGCGAUCUGACAACAGGAGCUCCUCCGGACGAUGGGUCUAUGCAGAAGAUCGUCCUUCUCGCUACCUCUCAGAAGAUGAUAUCGAUGAAGAAGCUGAGCUAGAGGACGAGGGUCCCAUUGACGUGCAUCCAACGUUCCGAAGUGAUGCAGAAUUACCAGGAAAGGUAAAGGUGAUCGUGGGCCGGAAUGAGUUUUGGUGUCAUAAGGAGGUAUUGUGGUUCGCCAGCCCAUUCUUUGAAGGAUUAUUGAAUGGAAACUGGGCAGAGUCGAAUCCCUUGCACGAAGAUGCAUAUUCAAGACCUUCAACGGUCAUCGAGACUGAUGUAUCUUCCUCUGAUGUUCCCGAUGUAGACGGUAUGGCAUCAAGGUUGGCUGUCGAAGCCAAAAUCACUACAGAUCAACCUGCUCCUGCAAUUAUGAUAGAGAAGCUUGAAAAUAAUCAGGCUGGCAAUGUCACCGCCGCCCAAGGUCUUGAGAUGAACCAUGGUCAAGACAUACAAGGCCCUCAUUCGCAUUCGGCCACCGUGUCAGACGAAACCCAAGAAACUUUUUCUUUACGAGAAGUCCCUCAAGACCUUACCAACACUCCCGUCCAUAGGCCUACUCCCCACGCUGAGACGAGUUCCACUACACCAACAGUAAUAUCAAAGAAGAGAGAUCGUACAGCUCUUCGCGCCUCUUUUUCCAGCAGCUUACACUCUUUUCAAAACUUCAAAUCAAGCCCUCUCCCUGGAGGAGCUGAGACCGUCGUUGAACUUCAUGAAGAAUCAGCUUCCGCUUUCCAAGAUUUCUUGUUUUGGGCAUAUCCACACCUCGAAUGCAAAGUCACUUGGACAAAUGUUGCGCCUCUUCUAUCUCUUGCCGCAAAACUCAUUGUCCCCUGCCUCCAAAAAUUGUGCACCCACUUCCUCCUUACCCACGCUUCGGGCCGGCCAGUCAUGGCUCUAGCUUUAGCGGAACAGCAUGGAAAUGCAGAACUUUAUCGGGAGGCCAGUCGGUUCGUGCUUGAUCAACCAACGUGGGAUGAAAGUGAGAUGAAAAUGCUGUCUGUUGAGACACAAUUGAAGCUAUCCAACCGCCGCAGCUGGUUCCUAGAACGUCUUCUCAAAUUAGGCACAAUAGACGUCCGAAAAGACUAUUCAUGCAGACCAGACUGCCCCGAUCCAUCCCGAUGUCAAUCCCAGCUUGACGAUAAGUGGCGUCAAGCCCACCACGCUGUCAUCAAAUAUGGACCACCCCAACCGUCCGUCGCUUUCCGCUGUCUGAGACAGCUUGAAACCUUUCCGACGAAUCCUAGUUUAGUAAUGCCGCACGCGUUGUGUCAGUUGGCUGCGAAGGCAUGGGUGAUGAGCUUAUUUGACAGAAUGUUCCAACUGAAGAUUGUACACUCUGCCAAUCCAGGUACCGAAAAGUACUGGCUUUGGGUUUCUAUGACUUGAUCAGAAUAUAUAUCUAUCCCCGGUCUGGAUGCCCUGUCUAUCCUUAUUCUGUAGUUUCUUUCGGCCGUUGUACAUAUACUUUCUCAUCACACGUUCUUGUAUACCGUUUUAUCGAAAGUCUUUUGUUGCUAUCUUAACCAGGAAUAUAUACCGUAUGAAGUGCAUUAUAUACAUUUGAAUUGUAUGCCAUGACUGUAUGC